CAAGAACCUAGAAUUCAAGCAAUUCGUCCCAGAUGGACCCGGCGUUGUUCCCAGAAUUACCUGCUAUCGCAGAAAAGCAUCACGUAUAUACCUACCACGGGAAAUGCGGUUACAUCAAUGGCUUCACAUCUGGGUGUGGCUAAUCCUGUCGACGGACGCAACGCCAGCGCUAGCGCCAGCCGGACGGAGAUCUGACCGAUUGGAACUAGACGUACGGGAGGAGUCCGAGGAUGGCAAACCAUUCAGGAUCCCCGUAACCUCCCCCGGCAUGCGCGCCCACAUGUCCAACCUGCAACGCAUACAACCCCGCAGUAUCGACACCGAAGGGAUGACUGAGCUGGAGCGGCGGCAGACUGUUAGUGAGGGCCUCAUUGGGCACCGGGACCCGAUUUUGGCGUUCUUUGGGAAUGUGACGUUUGGGACGGCGAGGGCGGGGAUGGGGGAGCAGGUUUUUAGCACGCUGUUCGACACAGGCUCCUACCAACUCUGGAUCCGCUCCACAAAAUGCACCACCCCCACCUGCGCGAACCUCCCCAAAUUCAACGGCUCCCGCUCCUCCACCUACAUCCCCUCGACCUCCCCAGCCCCCUCCAUCUCCUACGCCGACGGCACAAAAGUCAGCGGUCUUUACGCCACGGACACCAUCACCGUCGCGGGCCUCUCGGUCCCUGCCCUCUCGCUUAUGGAAGUUACGGAGACGAAUGAUCCCACGGGGGCGGUGUUGGAUGGGAUCAUGGGGAUGGCAUAUCCCACAGGUUCCGGGCGUCGCACGUUCUUCCAAGAGCUUCUGGCGUCCAAACGGGUGGCGUCACCGACGGUGGGGUAUCACAUCGACGCGACGGGGUAUGGGGGCGCGAUGGUGUUUGGGGGCGUGGAUAGGGCGCAGUUUGACGAGGAGGAGGUGAUGUGGGUGCCGAGUUUUGGGUUUGCGCCGGAUGGGAGUGGGACGGCGCCUUUUAUCUUUUUUCAGGGGUUGACGGUGGGUGCGAGUUAUCGGUGGGGGGCUGCGGGGGAGAGGGUGAGUGAUGCGAAGUGGGGGCAGAAUUUUCUGUCCGUUUUUGAUACGGGGACGUCUUUCGCCAUCCUCCCGAAAUCGGUAGCUGAUGGCAUCCAUCUGAAUAUGACCGGGGUAUUCCCAAUACAACAAGACGCAAGCACAACAGUCUACGUAACCCUCUCCACGACCACUCUCGGCAACGUCACACUCUUCUUCGUCGGCCCCACCGGUACCCCCGUCCCCCUCACCGUAACCCCCGCCGAAUAUAUGCUCCCCUACACCUCCUCAAACGGCUUGCAGGGCUACCAAUCCAUCUUCGUUGGCAGCGACGCCGUGCGUACAUCGUUGGGACCCAACGUCCCCGUUGUGGCGGCAAUACUGGGGAAUGGGCUGUUGAGGAGGUUUUAUACGAUAUUUGAUUGGGAGAAUAAUCGGACGGGGUUUGCUGUUGCGGAGAGGAGGGUGGGUGUUGUGGGGGUGUUGGGAACGGUGGCGUUAAAUGGGGGGAAGGCGGUGGACGGGAAGAGUCCGUUUGAGAAGUGGUGGCCGACGGGGGCUUCUUCGGCGGCUUCGUUGGUGGGCGGAGGGUGGUGGGUGAGGGUGGGCUUGGCAUUGGGGCCGACGUUAGGUCUGGUUGUGAUGCCUGCCGCGAUGGAUUCUCUUUGUUCUUUUUGGUAUGCUUUCUUUUGAAGUAUGAGACUCUAGAACGCUGAACCUGUACAUAUUGACAGUACACGCCAUGUAUAUGCUGAUGUUUCACAAUAAGGGGAUGAUACAUCUACGUGCACCGAUUGACAAAAAGUCAUCUCCUACGGAUGCAGUACGACUAACCUCACCCAAAACUCACAAUACGCCGACCUGUUCUCCGUAAUCCCUCCCCACAAUCAAGCGUCCUUCACAC